UUUUGCAGUGGUUCGAAGAAGAGGUGCAGAUGGCCGGAUUCCAGUCCGCACGUUAGACCGGGGUGCAUCUUCAUCUGCAGCUGCAGCUGAGCCGACUGGAUAUCCAGGAGGGUCGUACGAUACGUCUCUUUUGGUGAAGUACGAGCAUCAUGUUGCUCGACAUAUAUGGUUCGGUGAGGAAAGAGGACCAAAGAAAGAGUUGAAGGUUGCCGGACAUGGACUGAAGUUGACUUCUAGGGUUCCAUUGGCUCUUCCACCACAGAUGGAGAGUUGGGUAUCUAGAUCCGGUUUAGCUUCACUGCAGAGAACCAGUCUGAACAAGAUAGACACAAAUCUUGUCUCUGCAUUUGUGGAAAGAUGGCAUCUAGAGACAUCUUCAUUUCACAUGCCGUUUGGUGAAAUGAGCAUUACUUUAGAUGAUGUCGCAUGUCUACUUCACUUGCUCAUUAGGGGUAUCUUUUGGAGUCCUCAGGAUGUGACUGAAGAGCUAGCUGUUGAACUUGCUGUUGACUACCUAGGAGUGUCACAGGGUCAGGCACAGUCACAUGUUCGGAGCCGCAGGGGGUCGUAUUACAAGUUGGAGUGUUUUUCCUAA